AUGUGCACCGUCGAACUUGUCAAAUCGCAUACUUGCCGCCACAAAUGGGUCACCAUCGUCAAGAAAUGCAACAGGGGCUCCGCCGGUUUCGACGCCGGGCAUCUUCAUCACUUUGAGCCGGCCAGACCGGGAUUGUUCAGGUCGAGAUACAUUUCGGCCGCCGCUCACACGUGCCCCGAAUGCGACAAGAAGGCAGAUUACGAUGCGAGCACGACGAGGAUAAUAGUGGACAAUGUUUAUGAUCGUGGGACGCUGGGAAACGGAUACACUUUGACAGACGGGUAUGGGAACCCUUUGCCUGUAUAUCACUGGGGUGGUGGUGGCGGUGGUGGUGGCUACGGCGGUGGUCAGGGGUAUACAACUACUUCCUGUGGCAUGACCAGGAUGUCGAGGCCAUCGCCAUCACCGGAUUAUGGAUGCGGAUGCAAUGUUAUGUGA